CCUACAUCCCUUUCCCCGCAUCAUUUCCUGCCUCCACGAAGAAGAUCGCAAACAUGACCCAAAACACCCAAGUUCCAGGGACUGACAUCAAGCCUUGGUUGCAGCCAACACCGCAGAGCUAUGUCUUUACUAACGCCAAUAUUGUCGACGUUGACGCCGGCACAAUCCUGGAAAACUCAUCUUUGGUGAUCAGCCAAGGCAAGAUUCAGUCAAUCUCACAAGGAGAGAAUCCACCGACCGAUCUACCUGUAAUUGACUGUCAGGGUCGCUAUAUCUGCCCGGGAUUAUUUGAUGCUCACGUUCAUUUGUGCGCUGUCCCAGGAUUCACCGACCUGAGCAAAGCCUUUGGGAAUCCCAACGAUGUGCACCUGCUGCGCCAGCCUUAUACGGCCGCUCAGAUGCUGCAUCGAGGCUUUACUAGCAUUCGCGAUUGUGGUGGAGCCCAACUCGCCUUGAGGGAGGCCAUCGAAGAUGGUGUCUUUCCCGGUCCCCGUAUCUUCCUAUCUGGCCAUGCCCUGUCGCAAUUUGGGGGACACGGCGAUUUACGAAAUUCGCAUGAACACGGUCAAUGCUGUGGCGGAGUCCACAACCAAAACUCGCUCGGACGCAUGUGUAACGGCGUCCCCGAGUGUAUGGCGGCUGUUCGCGAGGAGAUCCGCUGCGGCGCAGAUUUCAUCAAGAUCAUGGGCUCGGGCGGCGUUGCAUCUCCCACCGAUAAGCUGGAGCACCUCCAAUUCACCGAUGCCGAGAUCCAGGCGAUGGUGGAGUGCGCAGCGAAUGCGGGCACCUUUGUCACAGCCCAUGCAUACACGGUCAAGGCAAUCCGGCAUUGCAUUGAUAACGGUGUCCGGGGCAUCGAGCAUGGGAACUUUGUCGAUGAACCGACGGCUCAACUGAUGGCGGAAAAAGGCGUCUACUUGACUCCCACGCUCAUCACCUAUGCUCAGAUGGCCAGUGAUCGUUGGAAGGGCUACCUGUCUCCGGAAUCUCAGACUAAAAAUUCUCAGGUGCUCAAGUCUGGCUUGGGGGCCCUCAAGAUCGCAUCAGAGGCCGGCGUCACAAUGUGUUAUGGCUCGGAUCUCCUGGGCCCGCUGGGUGCUGCUCAAACGCAAGAGUUCCAACUGCGUUCGCAGGUACUCUCGCCUCUUGAGGUUCUGCGUAGUGCGACUGUCAACCCGGCGAGGAUGAUGAGCUGCGGCGACAGUCUCGGCCAAAUCAAAGAGGGCUUUGAGGCAGAUUUGCUCGUAUUAAGCAAGAACCCCUUAGAGAAUGUAACCAUCUUUGAUCAGCCCGACGAGCAUGUUCUAGCUGUUAUGAAAGCGGGGCGUGUUUAUAAGAGCCGAUGGGCGGCGCUCCCCGAGGACGGCGCAACUCCGGUGAGGGUAUAGCUGGAUUAAAGAGGAGAGGUCUUAGAGACGACGAAUAAGGAUCUAAAUUGUACAUAUAUGAAUGAGCUAUGAGGAAAUACCAGCGUGCAUAACGUCAAUAUACUACUUUAGUCGACUAUUACAUUAACACUGUUCUUUAUGGCGAUCUGAAGAAAGGGACUGCAGUAGCUAUGAUUAUCCCAGGACUUGCCUUUUAAAAAUCAUUCAAGCGGGUUCGACAAUCCAGAAACAUCCAGAACUCCAAGGCCUGUUAGCUCCAUCAAAAAUGCUUGCUCGUCAUGUUGAAGCGUAGGAAGGAGUUCAUAGUCAGCACCCUGUGCCUCUGGAUAUGUGUCUGACUCCUGCGUGAGAUUCUGUAUCGAAAAUAAGGUUGGAGAGAACAUCUGCCGCUCUGGAGCAGGCCAUGUCAGCCUCAGACCUGUGGCAUGGUGUGUCGAUGGCCACUGCCCGACUGGCGAGAGUGGUGUCAUAGAUUCAGGCACCACAGAUAACGAAGACGUCCUUUCACUGAAUCCUUGGGCCUGUUCCUGUUGCAUGAGCCAUAAGGCCCAUUGGGAAUAUUCAGAUGUCGAAGAUACGCGACUGUUACCCUGGGAUGUUCUCUCAGCUGCACAUGCUGACCGGCUAACUUUCUCCCGUGCUUCGUUGGUAAUCAACUGAAUUGCUUCAACAAACCGGACGCCCAUUUUGGCCGUCGC